CCACCCAUUUUCAUUUUCCGAAAAUGGGGGCCAAACAGAUACUAGUGGGAUUUACUUAGCAUUGUUAAAUUUCUGAAUUUGCUUAUUACAUUGUGCAUUUAUGAUUUUAUUAUUAUUAUUACUAUUUUUUUGAGAUUUUAAUUUACACUCAACUGUCAUGAAGUGCAUGGUUUCCACUUGAGCCCCAGAGGUUUUUGUGCAUGGUUUCUCUUUGACAUUUAAUGCUGAAACUGGAUAUUAGAUAUUUGCUGUCUUCUCUCUUUAAUAUUUGUCCCUUGGCCUACUAUAUUUUUUAACCUGUUAAAUUUUCUGGAUAAUUUCUGUUGGGCUGCUUUUCAAGGUGAUUCACUUGGUUGGCAUUUUACGUUGCUUUGUUUCUAUUAAUUUAUCAUUUCAGAAUUUCGUUAUUUUUCUACAACUUUUUGGUUGAUUGUAAGACAGUUUAGUUUUAUUUACUGAAUUUUUUAUGGUGCAUCUCUCUGGUCUUGUUAUAACAGUUCUAUGCUUUUGACCUUAUAUUUUUUUAUGUUCGCAAAGAGCAAGGAUGUCUGAGUUUGCAAAAGUUGUCAGUUUAGAGUUUCCACUGGGCUAAAAAGUUCACAAUCUUGAUAAAGGAAACUUUUAGAUAGUUGAAAGUGCGAGGAUUUCUCUUUAUCGAUGAUAACUGAAAGCUCUCAAGGAUGACUGAAUUUGCAAAAGUUGUCAGUUUAGAGUUUCCACUCGGCUAAAAGUUCAUGUUCUUGAUAAAGGAAACUUUAAGAUGGUUGCUAGUGUAAGAAUCUCUUUAUUGAUGAUGGCUGAAAGCUCCCAAGGUUGGAAAAUAAGAUAGCUCUCCUGUUGCUUUCUCCUGAUCCUUGCUCGAGUAGUAUCUAAUAUGAUCUUGAGUUUUCGUGUAUAAUUAUUUUGGACCAACAGGAGGGCCUUAAUAUUUUUCGAAUUAGCUCUUCUUGCUAUCGAGCAUUGAGGUGGGAUCCUUUAUUCAAUAGAUAAAUUUCUUGUGUCCACGCUGGCGGAUAGUAUGCGUAGAAUCUGUGAAUUGGGUAAUGCCCCUGUCUAGAUUUCUUGCUGAUGCACUUGGUGUGGUGACGAUUUGUCUUGUUGUUGUUCUGGUCCUUCUGGGUAUAUUCUGCAUCGUGUAUUCGUUUUACUUCCAUGAUCGGAUCCAUGGUCAAGGUCUUGUUCGGCUCAACUACUUUAGUGGUCCUUGGAUUAUCAGAAUUACAUUCAUCUUUUUUGCGGUUUGGUGGGGUUUUGGAGAGAUUAUUCGGUUAAAUCUGUUGAGAGGGGAGGGAAGAGUCCUGAAUUCCCUCAACUUGAAACGUCAGAAAACUGUUUGCAAAUGCUAUGUUGUUUCAAAUCUCGGGUUUGCCGAACCAUGCCUGAUCCUCAUUCUCAUAUUUCUACUUCGUGCAACCUUGCAGAAGUCUGGAACAUUAAGCCGGAGGUGGAAUGCAAAAACAGCUGCUUAUGUGCUUCUUUAUUGUCUCCCAAUAUUUGUUCUUCAGGUGAUUGUAAUUCUAAUUGGAACAUGGCAUAACAAGGAGAGUUUUGUGCACAGAUUACCUCCUUAUUUCACCAAGGCUUCAGCUUUUUCUAAAACAAAGGACAAUGAUAAUGUUGCCCUCUGCACUUACCCUCUGUUGAGUACCGUUGUCCUUGGUCUUUUUGCCACCCUCCUAACAACUUACUUGUUCUGGCUUGGGAGACAAAUUCUUCAUUUGGUCAUCAAUAAGGGUUUACAAAAGAGAGUGUAUACACUAAUCUUUUCUAUUUCUGGUUUUUUCCCAUUACGAGUUCUUCUUCUUGGAUUAUCUGUGCUAUCAGAGCCGGAUAAACUUUUAUUUGAUGCUAUUUCAUUCUUAGCUUUUCUUUCCUUUUUAUGUUGUGCGGUGGUGGCCAUCUGCAUGCUCGUGUACCUCCCCAUUGCAGAUUCUUUAGUCUUGAGGAGUCUACAAAGAGAUAUAGAGGCUAUGAGGUUUAUUGAUGAAUAUGAUUCACUAAUUCAUAAUGAAGGCCCUUCCAGAACAAGUAUGCUCACUAGUCCUGGGAGAAAUUCAGCUUCUUUGGAAAGGAGUGGAUCGAUAUCUUUUCGUACGAUGGUAAAAGAUGAAACCUCUGGGGCAUUUGUGGAUGUGAGCCUAUUUACUCCUAGUCAGCCUUCAACCCCAUCCGGGUCACCUAAACUUGUUGGCUGGCCUAUGCUCUCACCUUCAUAACUUCAUGGAUCUUAAAAGCUAAUGAGGAGGGUAUAACAUUUUUGGGGUGAAUGAAAACUCUGUAAAGGAUUGCUGAUUUUGUUUCUGUAAAGGAUUGCUGAUUUUGUUUUGUUAUUGACAUUAUGACAUAGGUUUGCUUGUUACUCAUCUAUGCUUUUUUUUAGGUGGAUCUCUUGUAUCUGUAUCUAUCAACAGUUGACAGUUUUAUAACAAUUAGCCUUUGUUUGA